CUGGCGGGCGCCGGGCGGGUGGUGGGCGUGAGUGCGCGCGCGCGUCCGUCCUCUCGGCGGGUGGCCCCGCCCCCCUCGCGCCGGUGGCUCCGCCCCCCGGAGCGCUGCGUCGGUGGGGGCGGCAGCCGCUGAGCGAAGAUGAGCAAAGCCAAGCAGGGGGACGAGGAUGACGAGGACAGCGAUGAGUUCGAGGACUUUACGGAGAAUUUCAACCAGCUGGAGCUGCUGGAGACGCACAGGCACCUCAUUCCUGUGGGGACUCAGAGCUGUUGGUCGGGACAGUCCGACGACGACGAUGACGACGACGAGCAAGAAAGAAGCGAGGAAUGGUACGAAAUGCAAGAGAAAAAAAUGGAAAAAAAUCCAGAGAAGUUGCUCCUCUGGGCAGCUGAAAACAACCGGCUGAGCACAGUGAAGAGGCUGCUUUCCGAGAAGCUGGCUCCAGUCAACGCUCGCGAUGAAGAUCAGUACACUCCUCUCCACCGAGCCGCCUACAGCGGGCACCUGGACGUUGCGUACGAGCUGGUGGCCCACGGGGCGGACGUCCACGCGCAGACGGUGGACGGCUGGACGCCGCUGCACAGCGCCUGUAAGUGGAACAACACAAAAGUGGCCGCCUUCUUGCUUCAGCAGGGCGCGGACAUCAACGCGCAGACCAAUGGUUUGCUGACCCCCCUGCACAUCGCCGCGGGGAACAAAAACAGCAGGGACACCCUGGAACUCUUGCUGAUGAAUCGCUACGUCAAACCGGACCUGAAAAACAACUUGGAUGAGACGGCCCUUGACAUUGCCAGGAGGACUGAUGUCCAUCACUACCUGUUUGAGAUAGUAGACGACUGCAUAAACGCUGUGACCCCUUAAAAGGGGUGGUUAAGCUGGUGGAGAUGAGGCGUGCUGCCUGUUCUUGGUGUUGUGCAUGCUGCUCAGCGGUGGGCUGUCCCUUCGCAGCAGGGUUUUCAAUUUAAGAUACUUUAGCAUUCUCCUCAGGCAAAACGUCACUUCUUGCAACUCAGCUGGGUGGCCUCGCUCAUACUUUGAAGCAUCACUACUGUUACUCAAGGUAUUCGGAAAGUCUCAGUAAUUUCAGUGAGUCUCCUUUUAAUUAGUGGAAAUUUGGAGGGUCUUUUGUAAUUGGUCUGUACUGUCAAAGCAGGAGGGAAAACUGGAACAUUUACUUGACGUGAAAGAAUUCUGGCUUGGUUAUGCAGAGUUUAUUACAGCACACUUGAAAAUUAUUUUUUGAGAAAUUUAACUUUUUUAAAACUGCAUGAAAGCUCAGAAUGAAUGUAACUUAUUUGGGUGAUACACAAAAUGUUUAGUGAUCCUGGUGUAAGGCUUAUAAAAUAAAAUAUUUAACCCUAAGUA